GAUUUCUUAAGAAAGCUCUAGAUCGACGAUCGAAGAUAACUCGCGUUGAAAUCUUAGUGCGAACUCUCGAAGAAACCCUAGAGUGAAGAUGGUUCUGAUCAAAUCAAGUGAGAGUGAGGAUGAGAUUCUCAUCAAAAACGAACCAAAGCCAUCGUCGUCAUCCUCACCGCAACCCACGGAGACCAAACAAGUCGACGGAGAUGAUUCCGACGGAUUCGAGACUGCCAGCGAACGUGACAUCAGCGACGAAGAAGGAGAGGAAGAUGGUACCGAAAACGACGCCGUCACUAGUCAGGAAGACCCACGACACUCUGAGAAGAAGGAAGAACAGGUUGAGCUAAUGAGUGAACGAGAAGCCAUAACCGACGACGGAUCAAACCAGGAGAAAGCUAUGGCAGAAGCAAAUGAAGCUAAAGUGGAAGGAAAUAAAUUGUUCGUUAAUGGCAUUUAUGAAGAGGCAUUGUCAAAGUAUGCUUUUGCUUUAGAGCUUGUUCAGGAGUUUCCUGAGUCUAUAGAGCUUCGAUCCAUAUGCCAUUUAAACAGAGGUGUAUGUUUCCUCAAAUUGGGUAAAUAUGAAGAAACGAUCAAGGAGUGCACAAAAGCAUUAGAGCUAAACCCUACCUACACUAAGGCCUUGGUUCGAAGGGCAGAAGCAAAUGAGAAGCUUGAACACUUUGAAGAUGCUGUCACGGACCUGAAGAAGAUCUUAGAACUUGAUCCUUCAAAUGACCAUGCUAGGAAAGGGAUACGACGGCUUGAACCACUUGCUGCUGAGAAGCGAGAAAAAAUGAAAGAAGAGGCUAUAACUAAGCUGAAGGAGAUGGGAAAUUCGAUCUUGGGUCGAUUUGGGAUGAGUGUGGACAACUUCAAGGCUGUUAAAGAUCCCAACACUGGCUCCUACUCUCUUUCUUUCCAAAACUAGUCAUUAAUAUCGUAGUGGUCUUGAUGUUUUGCUUCUACCACUUAAUGUUUAGCAACAAUCUGGUUAGUAUUACAAUGUGUUAUUGUUCUUGAUGCAUUGGUACUGAAAAGAUUUGGAUUUAAUAUAGCUGUAAAUUCAAAAUUUAAUGUUACAACAAUAAGAUAAAUUUCAAUUUU